AUGGAAGCUCGCCUCACCGAACGUCUUGACGCCAAGUUCAUGUGGAUCCUCGACCAGGUAGACGAGGUGCUGCUUGACAUUUCCCAGCUGCCGGAGCCCGAGGUCAUCUCCGGGACGCUCCGUCGUCUGCGCAGUGCCAUCAGCGAUCAUCGCCGCCAAGGGCGCCCACCGCCAACGCUUGGACCGCAAGACGGGAUUCGCUCGGGCCUGGCUAGCCGGGUGAGCGCCCGCUCCACCACGCCUGUCAAUGUUGCGGCACCGGUGUCUGACCCUGCUUCUCUACCAUCACUCUCUCGUCCAGCGACUCGCGCCGGCUCAACCGACGCCGACGAUAAUGCUGUUGAGGGGAUAGUCCAAUCGCCCGACCACAGCGCAUCUCGUUCUCUUGAACGCGCCCUGCCGACGAAAGAAGUAGACACUGGAGACGAACCGCUGCAGUCAACUGCUGCUAACGGACCAAGCCACCACUCGCCAGGUUCCUCGAGCGUUGUCAGACAGCACGGAAUCGAAAACGGCUUGCCGUGCGUGGCAGGGUCGUACAGCAGCAACGGGUCGGCACCGAGUGGCCAAGCCCCUGCUCCCUCUGCCUCUGUCCAAGAAGAGACUGAAUAUCCCUCUGGACUGUGCCUCGAGACAGGCGACCCUGCUAUGGAUGCGCCGGAGGACGAGCCAGUCUGGGUCAAGUCGCAUCCCUCGCGCACACCUCCCAGCCCAUCGCCGAUGCAGAUGCCUUCUGCGAGCCAACCCGUCCACUCCAGCCACUCUACAGAUCCGUGGGACCAAAGGGCCCGCUCGCAUGAGUUGUCAUCCCCCGCCCGCCCCAUGCGCAAGGCUGCCCUGGCGGCCCGGGAAGUCCUCGCCACCCCCAUCCCCGCACUCUGGAAAGAAAUCUUUUCCCGGCCAAUGACGCCAUUGUCCAAGCGUAAAGACUUGGUCACCGACUAUUCGUACAACACCCAUUCCAAGAGGAGACGUCGGCAGAAGUCCUUUUCAGUAGGUGAAGGGGACGAAUGGAAAACUUUGGGUAAGAGUGACGGCACCAAGAGGGGUGAUGGAAAGUGGCCGCCGUUCCCGCAACAUUCCAAUACCUGGAUCAUGCUCAAGCAAGAGAUUAUGUGUGACAUGUGCAACGGCAGAAUUCACUGGGCAUGUGCCGGCCUGGAGAAGGACACGGUGCAUGACGUGUCGCCAUGGUACUGCCCGGACUGCCUCGUCCACUUCAAGAAUGACACCCGCGACCAGGUCCUGCCGGCGCCAGCAGACAGCUGUGUGCGUUAUAACUGCUGCAAGAGGCUCAACCGGGCCAUCAAGGUCGAGGAGAUGGAUGAGCAACGCUACUGUAUCUCGAAGGUUCUUGGACGCCGCGCCGUUGCCCGUGAUCCCACAACCAAAAAACGUGUCUUCGAGUACCUCGUCCUGUGGGACGGAUACCCGCUAGACGAGGCCACAUGGGAGCCUAUCGAGAACUUUGAUGUGGACGAGGAUGGACACUGCGCGCUCUUGACAGACUUUGAAACUGCGGCGUUGCGACAGCAAGUGGAUAUCCGCAAGCGUGUGGCUAUCCUGCCCGAGGCGCAGUGGGGGUGGGAUCGGCUGACGGGUGAUCCUGUGGUGAACCCAGAGAGUGGCGAGGGAGAGUGA